AUGGUUUUCCAGAUCCGUCUCACCCAGCGGGUGUCCAAUGCGACUCCGUUGCCCUAUACUGCGUCUCCACUAGAUUUGCUAUGGAGUGAUAUCUGCUUGUUCGCUCGAUAUUCCUGGGCUCUUCCAGGCAUCUUUCUCCCCCUGCAGCUGAGAGAAACAAUAUCGCUCGAUGAACUAUACCCCUCGCUCCAGGGGGCGAUUUCAGUAGGGACCCAAGUGUUCCUCACAAUCAGUCAGCUUUGCUUUCUUCUGUCUGUGCCUUUUGCAAUAAUUUCCAUGUUCCCAGCUCUCUGGGUUAUGGGAUACAUUACGGCUGCCUUGGUUAUCAACUAUGCAAUUUGCACGGUUGUUUUAAAUGGCUUCCGACGAGUUCUAACGUCUCAAGCAAUAAUCUCAGCACAAAAGGGUCAUGAACGAGAGAGAUGGCACUAUUGGCUGCAAAAUAAUAUUGACCUCUUGUCCUAUACGUUUGGUCGCAAAAUUACCGGGAUACAUAACCGCACUGCCGGUCUUCCUUUUGAUCUGAUUGAGUGCCUGAUCCAACGAUGUUUCGGCUACGCGACUGCUGAUGUGCGGAAGGGCUAUAACCUUAUUAAGGACGCCCUUCUCGACCCCCAUGUUGAGAAAAUUGUUCUCAUCCUUCAUAGCCAGGGGGGGAUUGAAGGCGGAAUGGCUAUUGACUGGCUGCUGGAUGAGUUUCCGGGUGAUCUUCUUCAUCAGCUGGAAGUUUAUACAUUUGGAAAUGCGGCCAAUCAUUUCAACAACCCUCGUUGCACAUGUCAACCCGUCUCCAAAGAGCAGUGCGUUCCCGGUGAUCAAGGAAUAGCAAGACGCUCUAUUGGCUUCAUCGAGCAUUAUGCAAAUUCGGGAGAUUGUAUCUCCUGGCUUGGGGUACUACGCUUUGCGACUAUUCCCAAUCAAUACCUAGGGCGUUUAUUCGUUCGUCCUGGCUUAGGUCACCUCAUGAAUCAACACUAUCUGAAUGCGAUGUUCACACUUGGGCCUGAUAUGAAAGUACUAGAGUCGAACCCUUUCAUGGAUACAGAAGUAAUCACAAAGGGAAUCAACAACUUUGACGAUAAUACGUGUACUCCGGGCAGUGCCAACGGCGAUCAAGCAGAGGUUUUGUCUCACGUUCCUGAUACUAGGGCUGGAGCGAUGCGGCAUCCAGCCAAUCCCGAGGUUCGUACACGAAGAACGCUUCGUAUCAAAGAUUUCAGCCGGCUUUGGCAAUACAGGAAUGGCGGUUCUCCAUGA